AGAAAGAGAAAGAGAGAGAAAUAAAGAGAAGAAACGAAAGGUAGCCCAGUGGUAGAACAGGACACGAGGGAGAGAGGAGAGAAGACAGGCACGCGAGGUAACCGCGUUAGAUCAGCGAGAGCUGCGUGAUCCAAAAUGGCGCUGAACCAGGACGUGGACCAGUUGUCGAAGAGCAAUCUCGUGGUGAGGAUGGAUCAGAACUCCGAGUCAGAUCUCCAGGCGUUGUUCGACAGCGUCCUGAAGCCGGAAGCGUCGAAGCGUCCGCUUCAAGUGCCGUUGCGCAUGCGCAAUCUGCCGGAUUCCUUCUUCAAUCCGCCGUCGACGGGCAGCAAGAGCCCCUCGAUCUCGCAUUCCCGGGAGAAUUCGGCGGAUUCUGCUUUCGGUACGGCGGUCGGUGCCGGCGGCGCGGGGGCCGGCGGGAACGGCGCCGGGAGCGAUACACAGGGGACCGGGCCGGCCUCCGGGCAACCUGCAAGCGGAAACGGCGCCGGUACCGGGACAAACGCCGCAGGUGCAGCCGCGGCUGCGGUCGCGGCAGCCGCCGCCGCUGGCCUCACCGUCGCUCAUCCUCGCGCCCACAGCAGCCCAGCCUCGCUUCAGCAGACGUACGCGUCCGCUCAGCAGGCGCCUCAGCACGCGCCCCAGCCGCACGCGCGUCACCAUCAUCACCAGAAGCAACGCAGCUACGACGUCAUCAGCACGGUCGACGACCUGGGUCCCCUGCCGCACGGAUGGGAACAGGCGCGCACCCCCGAGGGACAGAUCUACUUCCUCAA